AUGGCCGACCACAACGUGAGCAAGUUAGGCAUUGCUUCAGCCCUACUCAAAUCCGUGGGCUCGGCUCUCCAACGAUCCCUCACCUCCCCUUUCAAAGGCUCCAAUGGCUCCAACACGUACUACAAAGAUGUACUAUUGGCCGCCUUCCGCACCAACCUGGGAAACCUCAAUGUCGCCCAGGAUCGUUACAUGAGUGGACCAUCCUCUACACCCAUCUACAUCAAGUAUGCCGAGGACCAUAAGUUUGCUCCAGAAAGCGUAACGCUGCCGAGCGGUACACAGGCGCAUUGGCUAGGCAAUCCUAGAGCUAAGAAAGUAUUGGUUUACUUCCAUGGCGGUGGAUAUGUUAUGCCCUGUACAGCCGGCCUCGUGGUUUGGCUCGACGAUCUUCAAAAGUCACUGGGCCCCGAUGUCUCUGCGCUUCUCCUCAUGUACGACCUAGCGCCAGAGGCCAAAUACCCUACACAACUAAAGCAAGCUGUCGAGCUGAUGCGAUACCUCAUCGAAACCGAAGGCCGCAAUCCCUCCGAUCUCAUCCUGGGCGGCGACUCUGCUGGGGGAAACCUCAUUCUGGGUCUUCUCUCACACAUUGCGCACCCACAUCCUGAAAUUGCACCUCUUUCACUUCCUUCCAAGAUCCAUGCAGCUCUUCUCAUCUCGCCAUGGUGCUCUCUGACUCAAACUAACACGCCAGCGUUCAUCACGAACGCUGAACGCGACAUGUUCGAUGCGCGUUGUCUCUCUCGUUGGGCCACGGCCUUUCUCGGCUCAUCUGACCCCUUUGUUGGCGACUUUUACAACGAACCUGUCCUAGCAGCGCCAGAGUGGUGGGAGCCUGUUGCGGACAUUGUCGGAGAAGUCCUCAUAUGGGCUGGCGACAAUGAAGUGCUGAAGGACGGCAUUGAAGCCUUCUCCAGAAAAUUCACCAAGGGUUUUGGAAGCAAGGGUGGCUUGGUCAAUACCGUGAUUACCCCGAAGGCAUGUCAUGAGGAGAUGGUUGUAGAGAGGAUAUUGGGCUACAAAGGGGAUUCUGGGACAGGCAGUCACGAGGUCGUUGAAAGCUGGAUGAAGGCAAAACUCUGA